AAAUAUAUUGCACAAUCAUAAGUAUUUAUUCCAUUAUAUAUACCAAUAUGCUUGUGCACUGUUUAUAACCCAAAUAUCCUAUCUCCUUUCUCUACCUAUAUUUGAUCUCUCUAUAGUUCUUACCCGUUUUUUGGGAACUUAAGCUUUCAAUUAAACCUAUUUAAACUGAAAUUUCUUCAGAAAAGAGAAGAAGAAAAAAAACCAAAAUGGGAUUCCAGCUAGCAGAAAAAGUACAAAAAUCAAAAUACAGAAAGGGAUUAUGGUCACCUGAAGAAGAUAACAAGCUUAGUAAUUAUAUAAUGAAGCAUGGUCAUAGCUGCUGGAGCUCUGUCCCCAUUAAAGCAGGCUUGCAAAGGAAUGGAAAGAGUUGCAGACUAAGGUGGAUUAACUACCUGAGGCCUGGAUUAAAGAGAGGUAUGCUCAGCAAACAUGAGGAAGAUAAAAUCAUGACCCUUCACCAAAUGUUAGGCAACAAGUGGUCUCAGAUUGCACAACAAUUGCCGGGAAGGACCGACAACGAGAUUAAAAAUUAUUGGCAUUCAUAUCUGAAAAAGAAAGAAGUCAAAAGUAAGGAUAUUGAAUCUCAUACUCAAAUUCAAUAUGCUAGUUCAAGCUCAGAUACAAUGAACUCCUUACUCUCAACUCAAAAAUAUGCAAUUCAAGAUCCAAAAUAUGUGUUACCAGAAAACAUUAACAAAUCAACAGCUACAACACACUCUGAUCAAUCUAUUUCAAAGAAUUAUAACACUGCCAAUGAAGUUUGUCACAGUUCAUUACCAAAACUUUUAUUUUCUGAGUGGCUUUCACUAGAUCAAGUAAAUGGUUGCAACUCUCUAAAUUCAGAUGAUUCUUUGGUCUUGAAAAAUGGCUAUGAUCAAAAUUUAAUUUUUCAAGAAAAUGUUAUUCAAAUGCCAGAAGGGCAGUUUGGUGAAGAGUUUCAUGAUAGUCUAAUUCAAAAUCUAGAAAAUGAUGUUUACUAUUCACAGAUUCAAAUGUCAAAUCAAGUGGAUGAAAAUGAAUUGGUCCACUAUCUGAACAAUGAUGUAAUGUAUGUAUGAAGAAGAAGUUUACAAGAGUGGUAUUAACGUGGAAUAAUUUGUAGGGUGAUCUAUGGUGGAUCAUUUUGAGAGAUGAUUAAUAUGGAUUUGUAUUUAAAUAUCGUUUCAAAUUACAACAAUGUCAGGCAUGCCUACCGAAAGAAGAAGCUCACGGUCAUUCUUAUCCUUACAACAUUGACUUGAUCGGCUUCGGUUCCACAAAAGCAACAUAAAACAAAGAUGCGUCGCUCAAAACUCAACUCAUAUUCAUUUUAUUUGCUUUAGUCAAAUCACAUCAAUCAGUGCAUCGUCGAUCAUUAUUAUAGUUUGAAGUAUUACUCUAUCAUUGACCACCUAUCAAGGUGUCCCACCAUAGAUCCCAACAAGUUAGUAAUUAUACAUACCCUAAACAAAAAAGGGUAGUGUAAAGUUAUUUUUCAAUUUGUUUAAGAAUACGAGUGUCCAAUUAAAAUAAAUUCAGUAGGAUACCUUACAAGUGUA